CCAAAAUUUUAAGAUAUAAAAAAAAAAUAAAUUAGAAAUAAAUAGGUCGUGCUUGGUGUUAAAGAAAUUGAAUUGGUAAUAAUGUUUAUACAGUGAGGUUUAAGUUUUUUAUUUUAUGUGAAAUUUGUCGAUAAAAUGACGGAAGAUCAAAUUAUGGACAUUGAUAUUAUCUCUGAUGCAGUCAAGUCGAUUAAUAAUUGUCUACAAUGUAGAAUUUGUUUGGAUACAAUCUCGUCACCUGUUAAAACACGAUGCGGACACUCUUUCUGUCGUACAUGUAUAGCAACAGUAUUAAAUAAAAAAAAUGGUAAAUGUCCCCUGUGUAACUUCUGCUUGCACCGGCGAAGCAUUUCAAAGGACAAGCACAUAGAAAAAAGUAUUAAAAGUUUUAAAAAACUUUUAGAAGCUAUUCGUGAAGAUGUAAAUAUAGAUAUACUUAAUUAUCAAAAGAAUCCACGUAACACAAGAGAAGGGCAUGGCACACCAGACGCUAAACAUCAUAAUUCCUCAUACGCACUGAAAGCGGAAGAGAACAAAAAUGAAAAUAUAUCUUUAUUACUAACAAGCAGAAUUUCAUCAAUAAAUCAACCAGGAUGUUCCUCAUUGCAUCAAGAUAUUAGAGAUAAGAGAGAUACAAUGAGUGAAGAAUAUAUGAGGAAUAAGAAGAUUACAAAGAAUGAUGACUACGCAGAAGAAGUAAAAGGAAAUAAUAGUUCAUCGACAGUUGAACUAUCAGGUGUUUAUCCUCUUCUAUCUUCACCGCAACUACCACAAGUAUCUUCCAACGAUGACAUUGCAUUAGUAAAAGAGAAUAGAAUUACAAAUUGGUUGAAGAGUAUAUCUGAUACGGAACAAUUUGAAAAUCCUAAUAGUAGUCCUAAACUUUUGACAAAUUUAUUUUUAGAUGACACAGCCACCGUAGUAUCUGGUAUAUCCUUAAUGUCAUCUGUCAGUAAUGUCAAAGUAGAACAAGAGUCUUACAUAUCAGAUAAUAGUAAUUCUACUGUGAGAGAAAUAUCCGAUUCAAUGAAAACAACUGAAACAUCUUUGAAUAAUGCGGAAAACAAAGAAAAACCAAUAACAACAAAAAAACCACUUCUUAGGCAAGAAAUCAAACCGGCUUCUACGGAGCAUAAACUAAAAUACAAAGCAACUCACGCGAGAGUACAACAACGUUUGAGGAAAGUCGUUGAUAAAAAUUCAAAGAAAAAUUUCAACGAUUCUGUUAAAUCUAACAAAGAUGCAAUUAAUUCGAUAAAUAUAUCAAAACAAUUAGAUGCAAGUAACGCGACAAAAGAAACUUGGAAUAGGGUUGUUAAAAUUGGUAAAGAAAUGCGAUCUAAAAAGAAAAAAUUAAAAUCAUUGGACAUUAGUAAAGAAUGUACAAAUACUACGAGAAAUCGAAAAUUAUCCACAACAAAUUUACACAUUGAUGCGUACAAUCAAAAAAAGAAAGACGAAUCUAAGAAAAUAGAAAUUGAUCAAAAUGAAGAAGAUGUAAUAAUCGAAUGUAAUUCAACUUACGAUAAGUCUAACGAGACAUGUGAACAACAAUCAUUACAAAAUACAUCGUUCAUUUCAUUAGAGAAGGAAGGACGAGUUCCAAUAAUGAGUUUACGUCGUGAACAAAUGGAUGACAUUAUCGGUGUUGCGACUAAUCCUAAUGAAAGAACAAACGAUCAAGAAAGUAAUUCUUUGGAUCAUGAAGAUCAAGGAACUGUUCCGAAGAAAAGAUUGUCAUUGAGAAAAAGUAACGAUUCGAAAAACUUGUCUAUUACUGAUCAAUCCUCACCUAAAAUCACACCAGUCAAAGUCAAUCUCGAGGAACGUUAUAAUAUUUUAUAUGAUAGUCCACCUUCGUUAUCCCAAAGAAACGAACGUACUACUCCAAUAAAAACUAACGAAAAUUCAAGAAUAAACAAAUCGAUGUUGAAAUCAUCAUUGAAAAAAAAUCAAAUGAGUAAUACUAAAUCUAAAGAAGUUACGACGAUACCUAAAGUUGCACAAUUACCAAAUCCCAAAUGCAAUUUGAUGGAACAAAUUAAUCAAGACAAAUUGUCCCGAGAUUUAUUAGAGAAUUUUAGCGAAAUCAUUGAUAAGAAAAUCACUAAAUCAAAACGAAGAAAUGAUAUCGAUCAUACCAAUACGAAUUUAAUAAAAAAUAAUAAGGAAAUUCGUGUUGUACCGUUCAAUAAAUUGGGCACAGUAUUUAAAAAGAGAAGGAAGGUAAAAUUUUAUAAACUCGGGCCUGUUAGAAGAGAAUCGUUAAUUAAUCCUUUAACUAUUGCAGUAUUAAAUUCUUACAAGGUCAACAUGGUUACGUUUGAAGAAUCGGAUGAUUUAUUAGAAACGUAUAAAAUAGGAGAAGAAGAGUGCAAUUUAUUAGAUCAUACAAAAUCUUCUAUGGAUUUGAUUGUUGAAAAAGAUGUUAAAAAUAAUGAAAUACAUUUGUUAAAAGAUAAAGGUGAGAAAAAUUCGUCGAAAAAUCCUUCGCAAGAAUCGUUAGAUGUUCUUUUAAUUUCAUUGAAAGAACCAACAAACGAAAAUAUAGUUAUUGUCAACGAUCAACGUGUUAAAUUCGGAAUCAGUGAAUCUUUAUCGAAAAAAAGAUUAGAAAAUUGUUCUAAAAAUGGAAUGUGUUCGAAACCAAUAAUAACGAACGUCGUUAAAAUGAUGUCAUCGGAAAAUGAUUCCCAAUUAAGAUAUCUCGAUCUGGAAUCAAUGAUAGACCCAAAACUAGUUGAGUUAAAGAUUUCAAACGAAUCUACGAGUUUAGGAUUUAAAAGAAAAUCUGAAAAGAAUAAUGACGAUACUUCUUUGAGGCAAAUAAUUAACGAUAAAAAAAGAAAAUUAAUUGAAUAUAAUGCGGAAAAAGAUACGAAGAAUAGACAAAUAAAAGAAUCGAGCGAUGAAAAUGAUUCUGAUGAUGGUAAAUUGGCUAAUAACAUGACACAAAUAAAUAAAUUGAACGUAAGUGUUGUUGAUAGGAUAAACAAAAACGAGAAUGUUGAUGCAGUUAUAUCACUCACUUCUGAGUCCGAUAAUAAUAUUAAUAAUGAAAAAGUAACGAUAAGCUCAUUAAACGAAUCAACAAAACACAAAUAUAAAAGAAUAGUGAUAGCCCAUUCAAGUUCAGAUACCGAUUCGAGUCAAACGAGAAAGAGGAAGACGGAUAUAAAUGAAAUUAAAAACAACAAAAAAGUUAAAAUUGAUAAGAAAAAAGAUAUAGCAUCUGAGGAUUCGGAGGACGAUAACGUUGUUAAUAAGAUUUUGAAUAAUUGGUGCAAUGAUUCGAGUACUUCGAUUAAAUCCAUGAAGAAAAAUAAUUCAGAAGAGACGAUGAAUUUCAAACCAAUGAUAAUGAUCCCGCAAAGUAUUGAUUUCGAUUCAUGGAAUAACUAUGAUACGCCUGUUAAUAUUAUUUCUGAAAAGGAAGCACCUGAAAAAUCUAACAAUGAUAUUAUUGAUAAAGUAAAAAUGAUUAGAAUGAAUGAAAAUGAUAUGGUAACAUCGAAUAAUAAGAUAAAGGGUAUUGAUAAUUUAAAUGAAGUCGAAAUCAUAACAGAUAGUUUAGGUAAGAAUUUUUUUACGGAAGAAAACAUUGUUGAAGAUGUCAAUAAAUUGGAAAAUAAAGAUAACGAAAAUAAUCUUCCUCUAAUGAAUUGCAUUGAAGCUAACGAUUUAUUUGACGAUUUUAACGGUAGUAAAAUAGAAGACAAUUUCGAGGAUACGUUGAUAGAAGAAAAUUUCAAUGAGUUUGAUAAAGAAAACGAAACAGCUACGUAUGUGAUAAAUAAUAAAAAUGAUAUUUCCAUGAAGAAAAAUACAAUGAGCAAAGAAAGAGACAAAAAUAAAAGAACAACAACGGUACCACGUACAACUACUGCAACUACGUUAAUAUCUGAGGUAGAAAAAUACGAGGAUUCUAGUAAAAGCAAAGAUCAACUUAUCGAACAAAAGGAUAUCUCGUCCGAGUACGAUUCUCUCAUGAAUGUAACACAAGAUCAACUUUUGCUGAAAGCUCUCGAAGAAGAUCUCUUUGGUGCCGGCAAUUCACGUAGUUUUGGAAAGUCUACAAAUACAAAAACGUUGUUGCAGGAAAGAAGAUUAGAAAACUCGUCGCAAACGCCAACAAAAUCCAAAAGAAAUCUUGAGAAUGCGCAGAAUGCUAAAGAAAUUUCCAGCGACGAAGAUGAGAUAAUCGAAAAUACGCCCCAGUCUGAUAAGAAAUUCAUGGAAAUUGAUCGCAGCAUUGUAAACUCUAAAGCAAGAAAGUCUUUGACCAUGUCACAAACAAUAACACCGGAGUUGAGUAAAAAGUUUCAACAAGUAGAGCUGAUGAAAAUGAAAACAACUACUACACCAUCUUUCUUGGUAUCUUCUAAACUUAAAACUUCCAUAAAUCAAAAUAUAAUACAGCCGCUUUAUCAAAGUACACCUAAAACGAUCCAAGCAGCUUUUAAUCGCAAUUGUAGACCAAGCCAUUCUCAAGAUAAUAAAACAUCAUUUGAAUCUAACGCAAAUUUGAUAGAAGAAUCAAGGAUGACGAUGAUGGGGAGCAAAGUAAAUAAUAAAAGAUUAUGUUUCAUUUGGAGUAGUUUGAUGAUUGAUCAAAUUGAGUGUAUCAAAAAAUUAGCUAAUUUGAUUAAUGCCACUUGGACGCAAAAUUUCAAUUCUACGGUGACGCACGUUAUUGUAUCUACAAAAGAAAAUACCAACGCUGCUACUAAAACAUUGAAAUUUCUGCAAGGAAUUGCUCAUAAAAAAUUUGUCGUUGGUUAUCAGUGGAUUGUCGAGUGCUUAAAGAAAGGUACCUUAAUAGAUGAAGAACCUUACGAAGCUGUUGACUGUUAUACUCUUGAGGCUGGUCCUCGAAAAUCGCGUUUAAGAGAAAGCGACUUGUUCGAUGGUUUUGCAUUUACUUGUAUCGAACCUUUCGAAAAUAUUACUGUUACUCAAUUUCAGGAUUUAUUAAAAGCUAUGGGUGCUACGAUAAUUCAAAGUUUGGAUGCACUUGCUGUUACAAAAAAUAAACAUAAAAUUAUAUUAUUAAAAAACGAAAUACAUACGGACGAAGAUGUGGCAAACUGGUAUAGUAAGACCUCAGCUGUACCAAUUUCUUGCGAUUGGAUUGUAGAAUGCAUUAGUCAAUACAAAUUAGUAUCUUGUUAUAUACAUCUUCACGAGAUUGUACAGGAAGAUGUAUUGAAAUUAGGAUAUCCAGAAAAAAUGAUAAGUCCGGAUGAAUUCGACAGUACGUUUGAUACAUCGGUUGAUUGUAAAUCAAGGUAAACGUCUACUAAUGAAUAAUUGAAAUUCAUUUUUUAAUCAUAUAUACACAUAUACAUAUACUUAUAUACACAGUAUCAUCCACUGUAUUAUUGUAUAUCAUAUAUACUAAUGUCUUCCUUUCAAUAUGAAACAAAAGAGAACAAAGAAACAAAUCAAAAUUAUUCUAAGUAAAUUAUUUAAUGUGAUAUGUGUUGUUAAUUAGUAUAACACAUUUGUUGUUAAUAAUUUUCUUGCAUUGUUCACUGUUAUUAUUCGCACUUAACGUUGUUCCAAGCCAUUGUAAAUACAUUAAAGUUGCAUAUAUUUAUAUAUACACAUGCAUAUAAGAAAAAAAAUUAAUCAUAAGAAUAUUAAUAAGAAUGAAAAAUAGAUUUAUGUAAAUUUGUAUACAUUUUCACCCUGUAUGUGCCAAAUUAAUUUUAUGUAUAUUUCAAUGUAAUAAUCGUUCACAUAUUUUUAACAAUAAUUUCAAUACUGGGAUGAGAAUGAAUUUAUAUAUUAUAAAAAGAAAAAGAAACAGAAUUAAUUUUGUAUAAAGAACAAAAAAAAAAGAAAUCAUCACCAAUCGUUUUGUUU